GACUAUGGACCCUCUGUGGGGGGCUAUGGAUCCUCUACAGUGGGGCUAUAGAUCAUCUACAGACCCUCACCAGGGGCUAUGGACCCUCUCUGGGAGGCUACAGACCAUCUACAGGGAGCUAUGGAUCCUCUACAGGGACUAUGGACCCUCCCCAAGGGGCUAUGGACCCUCCCCAGGGGACUAUGGACCCUCCCCAAGGGGCUAUGGAUCCUCUACAGGGGGGCUACAGACCAUCUACAGUAGCUAUGGACUCUCCCCGAGGGGCUACAAACCCUCUCUGGGAGGCGACAGACCCUCCCCAGGCCUCUAUGGACCCUCCCUGAGGGGCUACAGACUAUCUACAGGGAGCUAUGGACCCUGCCCAGGGGGGCUACAGACCAUCUACGGACCCUCACCAGGGGCUAUGGACCCUCUCUGGGAGGCUACAGACCAUCUGCAGGGGCUAUGGACCCUCCCCGAGGGGGACUAUGGAUCCUCUGUGGGGGGCUAUGGAUCUUCUCCAGGGGGCUACAGACCACCUACAGCAGCUAUGGACCAUCUGCAGGGGCUGUGGAUCUUCUGCAGGGGCUACAGACCCUCCCCAGGGAUCUAUGGACCCUCUCUGGGGGGCUGCAGACCAUCUACAGACCCUCACCAGGGCCUAUGGACCCUCUGUGGGGGGCUGCAGACCCUCACUGGGACCUAUGGAUCUUCUCUGGGGGGUGCAGACCCUCCCCAGGGGUCUGUGCACCCUCCCGGGGGGCUGCAGACCCUUUCCCGUGGGUACCAAGGCCCCAUCCCCAGCCCUGCAGAGUUCGUGGGUUAUCCUCGUGGGGCUGGCAGAGGACCCUGCAGCAUUCCCGCUCUGGGGAGCCCCAGAUGCUCCGUGUGGGGACAGAAGGCAGCACAGGGGGCUUCAGAGCGUCUGCUGGGGGUGCGGAGGGCCCGGCCGGGACACGGGACGGGCAGAGCUGCGGCUCCCCGGGGACACGGCGGGCUGGGGACCCGGGCAGGCAGGGAGGGAGGGCGGUCCUGAGGCGGGUCCUGUGGCGGAGCUCA